CAUUCACAUACUUUUUAGCAGAAGGAUGAGGCGUUCAGGGAGCAGCUAACGUUAAGGCUAACGCUUUAAAUGAACUGCGACCAGUCAUGUGCGUAUAUUAGACACGUUAAAACAUUUACCUGUGCAAUAGUGGACUUUAAAUGGAGGCGGAACUAACAGACACUGGAACGGCACCACUAUUCUUUCAACCAUAUAGAAAUCCGGACAUUUUAAUUAAGUGAAACAAUGGCAAGUUGACUUAAGUUGAAACUUAAAUCAAAACAAGUAUAAAGAGGCAACAAUCGCGCAGAGUCGAUAUUGGACUAUAAUGUUGCUCCGAUUCUGUUUAUGGUCCCUUUUGGGUCUGGUUGUGUUCCGACCAGAACUUCCGCAGGUUCGGGCCGACUCGGCAACACUUAGCGCUGCAAAGACCCUUGUAUGGGGGCCCGGGUUAGAGCCAAAUAUUGUCCUUCCAGCCCGUUAUUUCUUCAUCCAGGCAGUGGACAACUCAGGGAGAAAUCUAACAACUUCACCAGGGGAGAAAACUUUCGAGGUGAAGAUCACGUCUCCAUUGGAGCAUUUCACCAGGAUCUGGAUUCAAGUUCUGGAUCGUCAGGAUGGCUCUUUCCUGGUUCGCUACAGAAUGUACGCAAGCUACACCGACCUCCACAUCCAAGUUUUGCUCGUGGACCAACAUGUGGCCAAGUCCCCUUACAUCCUCAAAGGACCGGUGUACCACGAGGGCUGUGACUGUCCACAACUAGACGACUCUGUUUGGCUGUCCCAUAUGGGCUGUCCUCACUCCUUUCCCCAGAUAAAGAACGACCUGUCCCAAUUCCUCAGCGUCGACCCAGAUCGUAACGCUCAGGAGAUUCCGCAGCGCUUCGGGCAGCGACAAAGCCUCUGCCACUACACCAUCAAAGAUAACAAGGUCUACGUGAAAACACUUGGUGAGCACGUCGGUUUCCGAAUCUUUAUGGAUGCCAUCCUCCUGUCACUGAGUAGAAAGGUAAAGAUACCCGACUUGGAGUUUUUUGUUAACCUGGGUGACUGGCCGCUCGAGAAGAGGAAAGCCACUCAGAACACUCAUCCGAUCUUCUCCUGGUGUGGCUCAAACAACACCAGAGAUAUUGUCAUGCCCACAUACGACCUGACUGAGUCUGUCCUCGAGACCAUGGGCAGAGUCAGCUUGGACAUGAUGUCGGUGCAGUCAAGUACGGGCCCGCCGUGGGCCAAGAAGAACGCCACGGCCUUCUGGAGGGGGCGGGACAGCCGUCAGGAGCGUCUGGAGCUCGUCAAGCUGUCCAGGAGCCACCCGCACGUGAUCGAUGCUGCCUUCACUAACUUCUUCUUCUUCAAGCACGACGAGAGCUUAUACGGCCCGCUGGUCAAGCAUGUCUCCUUCUUUGACUUCUUCAAGUACAAGUACCAAAUAAACAUUGAUGGCACCGUGGCCGCAUAUCGCUUGCCUUACCUUCUGGCCGGAGACAGCGUGGUGUUCAAGCAGGAGUCCGGCUACUACGAGCAUUUCUACAACGAGCUCGUGCCGUGGGAACAUUACAUCCCGGUCAGGGCGGAUCUCCGGGAUCUGCUGGAAAAGAUCCAGUGGGCUCGAGACCAUGACGAGGAGGUCAAGAAAAUUGCUCUUGCAGGCCAACAGUUUGCACGCCAACGACUUACGGGAGAAAACAUAUUUUGUUAUUAUUACCAACUUUUCAAGGAAUACGCUCAACUCCAGGUGAGUGAACCCAAGAUACGUGAGGGCAUGGAGCUGGUAGAACAUCCCACUGACGACCUGUUUCCAUGUUCCUGCCUACGAACGCAGGUGAAAGAUGAACUUUGAUAGACUUCAAAGAAGACUGACAGCCUUUUUUUUUGUUCUUGACACUUUAUUGCCAAAUUCUGAAUGUAAUGUUUCAUUGGGGCCAUCAUUUCUGUACUUCUAAUACCAUGACUUGAAUAUUGAAUGAUUUUUUAAAUAAAUAUUUUUCUUUUACU